GGACCGCGUGUGGAUGUGAGGGCUCUCUCGUUCUCCCUCAUUAUUUGAGUGACUGCAGGUACCGGGUGACUAGUGUCUCUGAGUCUGGCUCUGAGCGCGCGCGCGUGUGGUGGCGAGGGCGUGUGUGUGUGUGUGGGGGUCUAUGUCGCGUGUGUGUGUGGGGAGUGCACCGGAGAGAUAAAUAGAGAGAGAGCGAAAAGGCGAGGAGCGACGUUUCAUCUCCCCCCUCUGGCCUCCCCGUCUCCCUGCUCCCUGUCACUCCGUCCCUCCUCCUCUUCCUCCUCCUCCUCUUUCUCCCUCCUGGACCACCCGUCUCCUGCUCGGAUCUCGACCCGGACACCUCCACCCACCUCCACCCUUUGACUCUCCUCUCUCUUCACCAUCCCGUCUCAGCAGCUGAGCAGGAUUUAUCCUGGAUGAAGUUGAAGUUGGAGUCUCUCUGAUCCAGCCGAACUCAACAUUCCUUAUACUGUUUACGUCAGAGAAAAGGGAAACUCUAAUGAACACAUUUUGCUAACAAAGGCCGUGUGACAAGCAUCUGCUGGAGCUGUUCGGACAGACGGAAUCCUCCCAGUCUUCUGGAAGUGUGACAGCAUUUGGUCACAUGACCUGGAAGAGUAAACCCAAGACUUUUUUGGGAUCCCUCUUUGAAUGGGCCGACUAUCAACCUGGAAACGCGUGCAAAGGCUGAUGAACUGAUCAACCCCGGCAGACAGCUGCUCUCCUCCGCUCUUCUCCUCCUCCUCCACCUCCUCCUCCUCCACCCUCUCACUCCAUCCGGCUAUCCAGUGUCUUCAUUGAUGACCUGAGAUCCGCAACCCUGUUUCACUCAGAGUGAAUGACUGACUGGGCACUGACAAUCCAGAGGAUGCUAAUGGCAGCAGCUAAGGGAUAAACAGCCAGCUGUCCUAUCCUGUAGAGUGGUUUCAGCGCAGGGACUCAGUUAAUCGACCUCCAGUCAGACCAGGAUGCAUUCAUACGUGGCAACUUUAGGUUGGCUGCCAUACCAUCACGCUCUUCCUUUUCCCGGGGACUUCCUGUCACGUGACCACACUCCUGCCUCGCCUCCACUCCCCAGCAUGGAACCCAACAAAGUUCAGUCCGAGGGAGGCCUGAAUGUGACCCUGACCAUCCGCCUCCUCAUGCACGGCAAGGAGGUUGGAAGCAUCAUAGGGAAGAAAGGGGAAACGGUAAAGAAAAUGCGGGAAGAGAGUGGAGCUCGCAUCAACAUCUCGGAGGGAAACUGCCCCGAAAGAAUCGUCACCAUCACAGGCCCCACAGACGCCAUCUUCAAGGCCUUUGCAAUGAUUGCCUACAAGUUUGAAGAGGUGUUUUUCCAGGACAUCGUCAAUGCCAUGAGCAACAGCCCAGCCACCAGCAAGCCCCCAGUCACUCUGCGGCUGGUGGUGCCAGCCAGCCAGUGUGGCUCCCUCAUCGGGAAAGGAGGAUCAAAGAUCAAAGAGAUGAGAGAAUCCACAGGGGCGCAGGUGCAGGUGGCGGGGGACAUGCUGCCCAACUCCACAGAGCGUGCAGUGACAAUCUCCGGGACUCCCGAAGCCAUCAUCCAGUGUGUCAAGCAGAUAUGUGUCGUCAUGCUGGAGUCCCCACCGAAAGGUGCCACCAUCCCCUACCGCCCAAAGCCCGCCUCCACCCCCGUCAUUUUUUCAGGUGGCCAGGUAAGAGCCGACCCGCUGGCGGCGUCCGCAGCCAACCUCAGCCUUUUACUGCAGCACCAGCCACUGCCUGCCUACACAAUUCAGGGACAAUAUGCCAUUCCUCACCCGGAUCAGCUGACCAAGCUUCACCAGUUGGCUAUGCAGCAAACCCCCUUUACCCCCCUUGGACAGACCACCCCUGCUUUCCCUGGUCUGGAUGCCAGUCCCCCGGCCAGUACUCAUGAACUCUCCAUUCCCAAUGAUCUAAUAGGCUGCAUAAUCGGGCGCCAGGGAACCAAAAUCAACGAGAUCCGUCAGAUGUCUGGAGCGCAGAUCAAAAUCGCUAAUGCUAUGGAAGGGUCAUCCGAGCGCCAGAUAACCAUCACUGGAACCCCCGCCAACAUCAGCCUUGCUCAGUACCUCAUUAAUGCAAGGUUCAGAGACGUGGCAGCCAUGUGGAAUGACCCAUCCUCCAUGACUACAUCCUGAAGCCCCAAACUGGUGUCAUUGUCAGAAGCAAACUGCAGCUUCCCCCCUCUCCUCCUAUUCCAAAACACCCUGCCCAGUUACCUAUUGUGCAUCCCACCCCUUUAGAGUUCAUUAGACCCCCCUCACUUUACAAUAUACCUUCAGCAGUAGCGUUGCUUGUAUGGGUAGGCUAUUGCUAAAGAUAAAGACAAAUAAUUGUGGUUUGAUUUUGUUCAUGUUAAAAUGUAGUGAUUAAGUAUAGUGUUUCAGCAUGUUGAAUGCUUAGAAUCAAUCAAGCUGUAUUAUUUUAUUUUUGUCCUUUUCUUUGUUUUCUUUUUACUGCUAGCUUAGUUAAACAUGGUUGCUGAAUAAGUCUUGUAGUUUCUUGUCAGGAAAGCUUUAAAAAUGUACAAAAAAUGUAAAACGUUUAAAAAAAAACACAAAAACUGUAAUUGCUUUUUGACUGCUAAUAAGCAAUGCUGUGGGUAGGGCAACUAGAGUGAUGUGAUGCACCCAUGUAAGGAGAAUGCUGUGAUUGCAGACAUGGGUUUCAGAGAACCAAAAUGGGUUGGAAAUUGUUACAGUUCCAAUCAGAGCCUAGGAAUUAGCCAUUAACACCAUUCAUUUUUUAUGGAUGAUAAAUAUGUUUUUUUUCUUGAGUUUAAAAAAGGAAGUAAAAUAAAAACAUUUUUUUAAAGACA